GCGAUUGGCAACUUUGCCCUUUCUCUUUUCCCGGUUUCAAGAUGGCGGCGGAUUCGGUGUCUCUCUUCACGGCUAUAGGGUUAAGCGAGCAGAAAGCCAAAGAGACUCUGAAAAACGAGGCGCUGAGCGUUGUACUGAGGGAGGCGGUUCUGCAGGCUCAGGUCAUAUUGGGUCCAGCUGUUGACAAAGUGACGGGCACCUUAUUGUACAAUGUGGCAUCUCGUCUCAAGGACACUAAGCGGCUGGGCUUCCUGGUUGGGUAUAUCACAAGCAAAAAGAUCAGCACAGACCUUCAGCUCAACGCUGCUCUGGACUACGUAAAGGCACAUCCUCUGGAUCCCAUUGAUGUCGCUAAUUUUGAGACAGAGUGUGGAGUUGGGGUAACAGUGACCCCAGAACAGAUUGAAGAGGCAGUGGAGGGAGUGAUUCAGAAGUACAAGUCGCAGCUGCUGGACGAGAGAUAUCGCUUUAACAUGGGCCUGCUUAUGGGUGAGGCGAGAAGUAAACUGAAGUGGGCGGAUGGGAAAAUAAUCAAGAAUGAAGUAGACAUGCAGGUUCUGCACUUACUGGGCCCUAAGACGGAGGCCGACCUGGAGAAGAAAGCUAAGGUUACUAAGCAGAAACCUGCCGACAUUGAUAAGAAAGCAGAUUGUGCUGUGAAUGGUGAAGUUAAACUAGAAUCCAAAUCAUUAAUGGAACAACUAAGAGGGGAAGCCCUGAAGUUUCACAAACCAGGAGAAAAUUACAAAACUGAAGGUUAUAUUGUGACACCCAAUACCAUGGACCUGCUGAAGAAACAUCUGGAGAUCACAGGUGGUCAGGUGAGAACCAGAUUCCCUCCAGAGCCAAAUGGGAUCUUGCACAUCGGUCAUGCCAAAGCCAUUAACUUCAACUUUGGUUACGCAAAGGCAAACGGCGGGAUUUGUUUCCUCCGAUAUGAUGAUACGAAUCCUGAGAAAGAGGAGGAGAAGUAUUUCACGGCUAUCAAGGACAUGGUAGAGUGGCUGGGUUACGAGCCGUAUGCGGUGACACAUGCCUCCGAUAACUUUGACCAGCUGUACGAGUGGGCAGUGGAGCUUAUUAGAAGGGGGCAUGCCUAUGUUUGUCACCAGAAAGUAGAUGAGAUUAAAGGUCACAACCCCCCACCAUCCCCAUGGAGGGAUCGUCCUAUUGAAGAAUCACUUCUCCUCUUCGAGGGAAUGAAGAAAGGGAAGUAUGCCGAGGGGGAAGUCACCCUGAGAAUGAAGCUAGUAAUGGAAGAUGGAAAGAUGGAUCCUGUAGCCUAUCGCAUCAAAUAUACCCCCCACCACCGAACUGGGGAUAAGUGGUGUAUAUAUCCCACAUACGACUAUACACACUGUCUGUGCGAUUCUAUCGAACACAUCACGCACUCGCUCUGCACCAAAGAAUUCCAGGCCAGACGGUCAUCCUAUUUCUGGCUGUGUAACGCUCUGGACGUUUACUGCCCUGUGCAGUGGGAGUAUGGACGGCUGAACCUGCACUAUACAGUCGUAUCAAAGAGGAAAAUAAUCAGACUAGUGGAGACAGGAGCAGUCAGAGAUUGGGAUGAUCCUCGUCUCUUCACACUGACUGCUCUUAGACGAAGAGGAUUCCCACCUGAAGCCAUUAAUAAUUUUUGUGCAAGGGUCGGGGUAACUGUUGCCCAGACUACAAUGGAGCCACACUUGUUAGAAUCCUGUGUGAGAGAGGUGCUAAACGACACUGCGCCCAGAGUCAUGGCUGUACUGGAACCUCUGAAAGUGACCAUCACAAAUUUCCCUGAGCAAAAGGCAAUUGAUGUCACGGUCCCGAAUUUUCCAGCUAAUGAGUCCAAAGGAUUUCACACCGUUCCUUUCACUUCAACAGUUUACAUCGAACAGACGGACUUUAAAGAGGUGAUGGAGAAAGGAUACAAACGCCUGACGCCAGAUCAGCCUGUUGGGCUUCGCCACGCUGGUUACGUUAUUUCUGUAAAGAAUGUGGUGAAGGAUGAAAGUGGUAAAGUAAUUGAGCUGGAAGUGACCUGUGUGAGAUCGGAUGCAUCUGACAAACCAAAAGCGUUUAUACACUGGGUGUCGGAUCCCCUGCAGUGCGAAGUGCGUCUGUACGACCGGCUAUUCCUUCACAAAAGCCCAGAGGAUCCUUCGGAAGUACCGGGUGGAUUUUUAAGCGAUUUGAAUUCAGACUCAUUGUCUGUGAUCUCCAAAGCCUUUGUUGAUCAGUCUGUAAAGAACGCGAAAGCAUUGGAUAAAUUUCAGUUUGAGCGGCUGGGAUAUUUCUCUGUAGAUCCUGACACCACUCAAGACAAGAUUGUCUUUAACAGGACGGUGACACUGAAAGAAGAUCCAGGGAAGAUAUGAAGAUCUCAUGCAGGUUUACUGUGAAACAAACUAUUGCCAGAGGGAUCUUCAAGCUAGAAAACCGCAAAAUCCGACCCGGGAGGGCACCGCACAAUCCACCACCAGCCUUAACUUGCAGAAAACAAAAGGGCUCGUCCAGUGCCCAGUUUGUAAUAAUAAUAAAUAUGCACUUAUUUACUGUU